UCGAAAAUGCGAAAUAGUUUGAAAGUUCAAUUAAUCUCAAUUAAUUUUUUUGCAAUUUGAUUUAAAUGAAUUUAGUAAUAAGCCGAUAUAAACUAAUCCGUAUAAAAUUAUUUGGAAACAAUUUUUUUGCUCAAAUUUGUUUGAAUAAUUUUCUUUCAUCCUUGUGGUCACCAACUUGGGACUAAUAUCAUGUAGAGUAAGGAUAUUCAAAGUAGAGCGCAAACGAAUCCCAUCACUACAUCUGAGAGAAAUGAAGGUUUUUUGCAAAACCUGCUGUACGGUCGGGGAACCUAUAUGGUAUCUGUAAAUGCAUAUCAUAGACAGAAAAACAUAUGUAUAAAGUUUGAGCGAGUUUGAUGCUUGAACAAUUUUGAAUAACUUAUUCCGACACCAUCUCCAUGGAAAAUGAAGUAGCUCGGACAUAAAUUUUGUUUCUGAUUUGUUUGAUCACUUGUUCUCAUUUUCAGCCUUUUUCCAGUAUAAGAAAUUUACCCAUCUUAUUCUUCUUUAUAAUAAACAAAUUAGGUGUUAUAUAAAGACAUUCUUUAAAAAGCGAGAGUCCAUUUUGUGUCUCCAUUAUAAGACUUGUUUUUAGGUAUUUCAUGGUGCUGAUAAUGACAUUCUAUGGUUACAAAGAGAUUUUGGUUUAUAUGUGGUGAAUAUGUUCGAUACGUAUUGUGCUGCCAAAGAAUUAAAUCUUCCAGCAAUGUCACUGGCAUAUUUAUUAAAACAGCACGUCAAUAUUGAUGCGAAUAAAGAGUAUCAAUUAGCCGAUUGGAGAAUUAGACCAUUACCUCCAGAUUAUGUUCGUUACGCUCGUGAAGAUACUCAUUAUUUACUGUAUAUUUAUGAUAUCUUGCGAAAUCAAUUAUUGGACGUGGCACAAGGAAAGUCAACGUUAUUGAAACAAGUAUAUGCAAAAUCAAAAAUCGUUUGUCAAAAACUUUACACGAAACGUCAAUUUGAUGAAGAUGGAUACCGAACGAAUCAUUUACUUUUAUAA